UCUCACUUCUCCACUGACUGCGGUACGGGCACAUUGAAAAUCGGUAUAAUUUCAGCGAGCCCCCGUACGGGAUCUUUCGACAUCGGCGAGCAGAGCGGAUUCAGUCAGCGCAUGGGCUGCCAGGUAGUGGCACAAGUGGCUUGGACAGCGUAAGUGUGCGUCGGUAGGUGUUCGCGAUCGGGAAUGCAGUGGAAGUACGCCAAAACAGCUGUCAUUGAUGUGUGAAGCCUGCCGGUACGUUAACACCGACUGAUCGCCUGCUCCUCCGUCGCCGAGCGAACACCGAACACCGGACUGCCACUUGCAUAUUCCUAUGGGCAUGGUAUGAUAAUUCAAGUACAAAGAGGCUUGCAAUUAGGGCUUUCAGGUUUCUAAAACGAAUGCGAGAGGAGCAAAUGGGAUAGUUUAGGCGUAGAACUGAGGCACUAGGACUGAUUUAGGGUUUAAUUAGCACUACAAAGUGCGGUUUUAUCAAGAAAUGAGCUUUAAGCUUCCUCCAUCAAUAAGGUUAAAAGAUUACUAUGGUCGACCAUGGAGCGAUAUAGAAUUUAUCGAAAAAGAUGGCGGCACAACCCCCGAAAAAUCACCGCCAAGUUCAAAAGAAUAUCAUUCAACACGCUUGCUACCCCGGGCUGACCUUCCACUCUUCGGGGUGUUUCCAAAACUCGACACACGAGUAUUAUUGGAAUGUGAUAAGUGCGGUAAGGUGUUACUACCGUGCGUUUACAAUGCGCACUGUGCGAACCCGGAUCACAAAACCAUGCAGCCGAUCGUGCAGCAGGCGGUGGUGCCAUCGAAACCGUCAAAUCGAGCUCGAAAAUCGGCCACAAAACCGUCAGCAACGUACACCAAUGCUCCUGCUAGCGUUAGCAGUAAUCACAACAGUAAUGUUUCGUUGAUGAUUCCCAAACCGAUACCUACACCACCGCUGGUGUCUGUUGCAUUACCGAGCGCAGUGGCAGCGGCUCCUAGCAAUGGCCGCUCCAGUAAACCGAAGAAGAGCUCGAAAAGCAAUAAGCGUAGCCGGAAAGAAGAGAAAAGCGAUCCACCGAUACCAUCUGCGGAAGAGCAUCCACAUCCUACUAAAGUAGUCAAGCAGGACUCUCAACACAUUGUGGCAAUUGCUGCGAACGCACCAAACAUUCCGCCCAGUCUUCUAUUUGACAAUGAACCAGCUACACCUAAUACGACAGUCGUCGUUAACGCCGAGGUGCGUGUGCAGGAAACACUCGUGGAAAGGCGAUGCGAUGAAUCUACCUCAACAAUCCCAACGGUUGAUAGUCCAAGAUCAACAUUUAUUAACAAUGCGAUGGACUCAUCAACCACGCCAAACUAUGUGAUUAGUAUAUGUAAGCAACUCGAUGAAAGUGAGCUACCGGCGCUUGAGGAACCCAUCGCGACAGACGCUAUCACCGUAAGUAAUGAUCUCGAGGAGAAUCAAGACAACUCGCCGGUUGAACAUAUGCCUAUGAGCCCAGUUGCUGUGGUUAACAUUGUUCCUGUGCAGAACUUUCAGUAUUUACAACAGUAUCUGCAACUACCGACACAGCCGAUCGUCGUCACGAUUCCAUGCACAAGUCCGAGCACGCAUUUGUACUCCUAUCCCAAGCCGCUGACGGUGGCAACACGUGCGAUGCGUAAGAUUGGCAGCACCUACCUCUUGCAGAAUCAACGAUUGGAUCAUCAACGUGCUGAGAUUCGGGCCAUCACCAGAUCGCGCUGCACGCUCAAUCAUCUUCCGACGUAGGCGACCUAAUCAUUAGCAAUACUUGCAUGUGAAUGAAAUCGAACAAAUGACGAAGAUUCAUCAUAGUUUUACGACUCGUGCGAUCAAUGUUAUUACUUAAUAGAGAAAUUUUAAAUUACGACUUUUGCGGCAUGCACAAGUCGAAUUAGCGUAAUUAAUCGAUGGGGCCUUUAUACCUAUCCCAAUGUGAUUAUCAUUUCAAUAUUUUGAUUGCAUAAUUACGAUUAAAGGAAAUUAUUUUAUUUAUUAUACUAUUAUGGCAUUACUUCCCAUAAUACAAUGCUAUUCCAAGGUGAUAUGAAGAUGUAAUCAUUUUUGACUGGUUCAUUUUAACUUCUCAUAUCGAAAAGAAACGUUUAACAUGCACACGCACUACAUUCAACAUUUUAAUCAUGACAUAUUAAGACUGUUUAUGAUUAACUCGUGCAUACUACCAACCUACUACCGUUUUAUAGUGUAUACGUGAUUCAUCUUGUAAUUGAUAUUCCAUUAACCUACUCAUUACUCUGUACAUGUUCAAAAAAUUGAAACGAAAUCGCUCAUGUAAUUGUAACAAACGUGUAAAUUUGCAUGCUGUUGUACUUGUCACUAUUGCAUAAUUGUGCAGAUUCUGUUUCUGUGUUCAACAAAUAAUGUGUCUGCCCAAUACUUAAAUGCUAUUCAUCUCAACUUGAAUGAAUCGGAAUUUUGUAAAUACGAUUAUAGUCAUGUCAUCAACAAUGCUGUAAUGAAUGUAAUUUAAGCACAAAGUCGUUUAAACAGAAAGACAUAAUUUAAAUAAUUACUAAUUGAACUCAUGAGUAUGGCGAAUGGGAAAUAAAUACAUUUUUAUAUAAAAUUUACUGCAUAAAAAUAGACUCAAAUAUUUUAUAUGUGCCGAUUGUAUUUUAUGCUCAAUUAUCGAAAUCGGGAUUUUUAUUUUUGACAUUUGUACAUUGAUUUUGUUCUUUUUUAUUUAGUUUUUAAUCUUUUUUUUUUAAAUACUUGGCCCUAGUGUUGUAGCUACAGUAUUUUAGUAUCAACUACGUGAAAAUUAAACAGAAUAUUUAUUUA